AUGGAGGAGAAGUUUAACAGACUCCUGCUGGUGCCCAUCGCCGCGGUGCUGGUCCUGAUGGUGGGGUAUCAGUACGUGUGUCCCGCGGACAGCUACACCUGCUCCACCCGCGGGGACGAGAAGGGCCUUUUCCAGCGCUACUCCUCCGGCUUUGAGUUUGUUUAUCCGGACGAAGCGGACGAGGAGCUUCCCUCCAAAAUCACCUCCAAAUGUAACUUUACGCAGCGGGACCUGGACCGACACGUGGACUUCGCCAUCCGCGGGGACGACGUCAUGGUGUUUCUGCACAUCCAGAAGACCGGAGGCACCACCUUCGGACGGCACCUGGUCAAAAACAUCCACCUGGAGCAGCCGUGCGACUGUCUGCCCGGACAGAGGAAGUGCACGUGCCACCGGCCCGGGACCGCCGAGUCCUGGCUCUUCUCCCGCUUCUCCACGGGCUGGAGCUGCGGGCUGCACGCGGACUGGACCGAGCUCACGAGCUGCGUGCCCGUGGUCAUGAACAAGAGGGACAAGAAGAGCGCGCACAAGAGCAAGAGAAACUUCUACUACAUCACGAUGCUUCGAGACCCCGUGUCCCGGUACCUGAGCGAGUGGAAACACGUCCAGCGCGGAGCCACGUGGAAAACGGCUCUGCACAUGUGCGACGGACGUCCGGCCACUCAGGACGAGCUGCCCGCCUGCUACAGCGGAGACGACUGGACCGGCGUGCCCCUGACGGACUUCAUGAACUGCCCCUCGAACCUGGCCAAUAACAGACAGGUGCGCAUGCUGGCGGACCUCAGCCUGGUGGGCUGCUACAACAUGUCGUCCAUGAGCGAGCUGGAGAGGGGCCAUGUGCUGCUGGCCAGCGCCAAGGCCAACCUGCGCAACAUGGCCUUCUACGGCCUGACGGAGUUUCAACGCAAGACGCAGUAUUUGUUCGAGAGGACGUUUGGCCUGCGCUUCAUUCGAGCGUUUACGCAGAUCAACAGCACUCGGGCCGCCAGCAUCGGCAUCAGCGAGAAGGUGCGCUGGCGCAUCGAGGGCCUGAACGCUCUGGACGUGGAGCUGUACGAGUACGCCAAGGAGCUGUUCCUCCGCCGCUACCAGUACCAGCGGCAGCAACAGCACCAGGAGGAGCGUCUGCGCAGACGGCAGCAGAGGCAGCACAGGCAGCGGCUGCACAGGACAUACUGGGCCCAGCUGCUCAGACUGGGAGCAGAGGAGGAGGAGCAGAACGAGGUGGUGAACGCGGUGGAGGUGGUCGCCACCACAGAGGAUUACAGUAGUCAAGUGGUGCGAUGGUAACAGGACCUACAGACUGGACCAAAAGCUAUUCUCUGCUACCUUUGCCCUCCAUUUCCGCUAUGCUCCAGAACCUGCUCCUCUACAAACCUCUGCGCUCGUGGGACGACCCAAUAGUGUCUUAAUAUUUAUGAUGGAUGUAUUUGUCAUGGCAACAUUUUGUAUUUCUGUUUUUCGUAAAGCUCUAUUUAAACAAAGCACCGGUUCAUUUACGCAUUAGCUUUGAAUGUUUUCCAAGCAGGGACGAUGUUCCAAAGCUUAACUCCAGCAGAUUUUUAUGUGCAGGUAUCGUGCUAUCUGGAGGGACUGGUCUGACUGCGAGGGGGCGUGCUCUGUGUGUUAUAGCGCCGUGUUGAUCAGUGAAGUAUCGUAGCUACUCUGUGGU